GUUACAGUUGAAAACAUGGAAUCUGAAAAUAUUUAUCAAAAUGUCAAAGAACUCAUUGAAUGCCAAAAGAUAAGAGCGGGCGGCAAAAGAGAAUCUUUGAAGCCAGAUUUUGCAGAGUGUCGAGCCCGGCCAGUGGAGCCUGACCGAAGAAAUCUCUCCCUCAGGGUUAUCUGUACGCUCCUGGGUGUCUGCAUCUUGCUGUCCAUUGUGGUUGUCGUUAUUACAGUUAUGCUGACUACACGAGAUUCAGAAAGGACCCAAAUCUCAAUCACCACACUCCAGGCUGAGAUCUCAAGGCUGACAGGGAUUGCAGACAACUAUGAGGCGGCCCUUGGCUCCAUCUUUGAACUUCGUGAUGAGAUUUUACAGCUGAAUAUGACUGCUGAAAACUCUGAGAAGACCCUCCACUCCAUUGCCAAAAUUCAGGAUGAGAUUUCACAGCUGAGAAACAACACAGAGAUGUCACUUGCUGGUCUCAAGAAUGAGCUUUCUCAGUGGAAGAGUAAUGCUACUAUAAACUCUGAGAAGACCCUCCACUCCAUUGGCAAAAUUCAUGAUAAGAUUUCACAGCUGAGAAACAACACACAGAUGUCACUGACUGGUCUCAAGAAUGAGCUUUCUCAGUGGAAGAGUAAUGUAAACUUCAGGAAACCCGACAGCUCCGUUGUUGAACUUCGGGACGAUAUUUUGCAACUGAAUAGCGAUCUUUGGCGAUGUCCCACAGAAUGGAUUCGGUUCAGGGAAAGCUGUUAUCAAUUUUCUUCAAGUGCACGAAGCUGGACGGAGGCCCAGAGACACUGUGCAUCGGUCGAUGCCCAUCUUGUUGUCAUUAACAAUGCAGAAGAGCAGGACUUUUUGAGAAGGACCCUUCAAAAUCGUUGCUGGAUUGGCCUCAGUGAUGCUGAGUCUGAGGGUGAUUGGAUCUGGGUGGACGGAACGGAUUAUUCUUCCUCUUUAACAAACUGGGCUGAAGGGGAACCAAAUAAUGAAGGUUACACCGAGGACUGUGUGGAGAUAUUUGUGACUGGAGAAUGGAAUGAUUUGCCAUGUAAUGUCUUUCGGUAUUGGCUGUGUGAGAAAUCUUCACUGAAUCUGCCUUCAAUAUAGCAGUUGGUACCAAGAGAUCAAUGACCAACUUUGUCGAUAUUGAAUAUGAUAUACAGAUGUCAUGUUGUAUAUGGACAUAUUUUAGUCUAUCCGAAGAACGGUGAUAUUUCAAAAAAAAGUAUUUCAGUCACUCAUUCAUUUCCUUUACUGAUGAGACUUCUUUUUGAAAUUCCACAUGUGUUGCUUUUUCCACUCCAGCUAUAAUGAAUUUAGAUCAUUACUACAAUUAUAAAUGUAUUUUUCACCUUUUGCUUACCACUUGGAAACGGUCGCCAGGCUUUAAACUAUCCAGUAAUUGGAGCUAAUUCAGCUUCCUCAUUGAACCCUUUCGGCUUGAAAUUGAGCUUUACAGGAAAGUGGCUACGUUUCGACUGGAGGGAGAAUGCAUCCCUGACCAAUUGAACAGGAAACUGGCAACUAAGCUUAAUGAAAAGAAAACUGACAUAAUGCAUUUUGGGACAAGCGACAAUGCAAAAAAAAAUUGCAAUUAACUAGAAACAUUGUUUUCUUUUAUUAUCAGUGACAUAUGAUGUGAUUCUUAUUUCUGUUUUCAGCCAGAAGUCAGUACAAGACAUAGAAGUCUAUAAGUUACAAAAUUAAUUUCUUCAGUAAUAUACUAAUGAGGUAAAAUUCAAAGUUUCAAAUGUUCAAAGGUCCAUUUAUUAUUUAAGCAUGCCAAUACUGUAUAUAAAACUCUGAAAUUUGUCAUGUUUUCAUAACCGUUCAGACAUCUGAUGGUAGAGGGCAAGAACCUGUUACUGAAUCAUUAGGUAUAGUUCUUCAGUUUCCUGUAACUCCUGCUAGAUUAUAAUAAUGACAAGAGGACGUGUCCUGAUUGUGAAGGCCAUUAAUAAUGAAUGUGACCAUCUUGAUUGAGGCAUCUGUGGAUUUGAUUGUACCGUGAUACAACUGGCUAAAUUUGUAUUCCUCGACGUCUUCUGGUGGUCCUGUUUAUUGUAGGCUCCAUACGAGUCAGAAUGCUCUUUCUCUUACAUCUGCAGGAAUUUGUAAAUCUUUGGUCAUAUAACAGAUUUCCUCAAACUUUGCGACUUUUGAAAGAAGAAUAUGUUCAUGGAUCCCCAAUCUCAGCAAGUGCAGUUAAAACGUGGUUAAAAUAAUCAGACUGGUUGUGUCUAUCUAUUAGCCAAGAAUAACAAUCAAUGCAAGGAGUACUGGAAGUAACAAUAACUAGCUGCUUCUCCGAUUGAACAUUGUUUGCGAAUCUGAUCCGGGGCAUAAAAUGUGUGAUUGGAUUGGAUAGAUUUAGGGGAAGUGAAAACGAUCUAGUCAGGACUGAAAUUGUAGUUACAUGGAUCAUUUUUAAUGUUUGGGAUAGUUUUUAAACAGUUUUUAAUCCUGUACACCGUAUGUGAAAAGUAGUCUGAACUUGGAGUGUGUGAGUCCGAGUGCCGGACAGUCCAUCUUAUUUUUGCGCUCCAGUCUCAUCCCCGUUGUGCCUCCGCUAUUCGCUGAUUUUUUGUCAGCAAAAAAUGACAAAAUUCUGUCGAUGUGAAAUUUAAAUGAAACAUAUCCUACAGAUCAGUAGCUUUAAUGCAUUGAUGUGUAUAUGCUGUUAUACAAUAUUGUUGCCCAACACUGGAAGACUGAUAAUUAGGCACCUUUAAAAUUUCUGAAACAGAACAGCUUCUACUGAAGGAUAAUAACAUCCCCAAUGUCUUCUUCACCCCACUCAUAGCCCACUUCUUCACUUCACGUUCUCCCGCUUUUGUUCGACAAUUUGGAAUAUGGGCAGUUUAGUGAUUUAAUUGCAGUGUUUUUCCCUCCCUGUGGACUUGAAGUUCAUAAUCUACUGAAACUUUUUUUUCUGCUGACAAGAUUUUUAAUGAAGGAUAAAUGAUAAUUCCACUGUCUGAAUCUCGGGUCUC